GAAAGCCGAUCUAAGGAUUACUGAGAGGUUUUUAGUUCGCUAGCUCGCUGUCUUCAGUAAAUCAUAGACAGCGCUGCUCCUCAAAUUCAAAGUUAGCGUUUAAAAUAUAAGUUAGUAUGGCUUCAGUCCAUAUGGAGAUGAAAGACAGUGCAGUGUCCAGUUCGAAAUGGCUUGAUGCACACUAUGACCCAGUUGCUAAUCUAUAUACUUUUUCUUCGUGCAUUGCUUUGGCAGACUUGCAUGGAGAUGGUGAGAACAAGCUGGUAGUGGGCGACCUGGGCACAGGAGCAAGUAACAUGAAGCUGAAGGUGUACCGUGGUACUGGACUGCUGAGUGAAAACACUCUGUUGGAUUUGCCCACUGGCCUUGUGUCUUUCCUCAUGGAUCAGCAUGAGCCCUGCACCCCUGCCAUUGCUGUAGCCUCUGGACCCUUCAUCUAUAUCUACAAGAACCUGCGUCCCUACUUCAAGUUCACUCUGCCCACUCUGGAGGUCAACCCCUUGGAGCAGGAUGUGUGGAGUCAGGCUAGAGAGGAUAUGAUUGAUCCAAUGACACUGAAAGAAAUGUUAGAAGGUAUAAGGGAUAAGGCUGACAUCCCACUCUCAGUCAGAUCACUACGGUUCCUCAUGCUUGAACCUCAGGAUAUGGAGGCUUAUGUUAACCUUCACAAACAGCAGCCCAUACGCAGACAGACGGUUAUUACGUGCAUAGGGACGUUGAAGAAGAACAUGGCAGAUGAUGAUGCAGUCAGCUGCCUGGUGAUCGGCACUGAAAGUCAAGAAGUUUACAUCUUGGAUCCAGAGGCUUUCACCAUUCUCGCAAAGAUGUCCCUUCCCAGUGUCCCUACACUGAUGGAUGUGACUGGGCAGUUUGAUGUGGAGUUCAGAAUUACAAUAGCUUGUCGCAAUGGAAAUAUCUACAUACUGCGAAGAGACUCCCCAAGACCCAAGUACUGUAUUGAGCUAUCCUCUCACCCUGUUGGGUUGGUGAGGAUGGGGAAGAAUGUUGUGGUGGGCUGCGCUCAAGAAACUCUGCAUGGUUACACUCAGAAGGGAAAGAAGCUGUGGACAACAUACCUGCCUGCCCCCGUCACCACAAUGGCAGUGCUAGACUUGCCCACACGAGGCUUCCAGGCUGUGCUUGUAGGUCUGGCCAACUGUGAGGUGCAUGUGUAUCGGGAUAAAAACUUAAUCAGCACCAUCAAGACGCCAGAUUUGGUAACCAGCAUUUGUUUUGGCCGUUAUGGUCGAGAGGAUGGCACCUUAAUUAUGACCACUAAAGGAGGGGGCCUCAUUGUGAAGAUCCUGAAGAGAACUGCAGUGUUUGAUGAUAAGGAUUCUGCCCCUGGCCCACCGAUAGCUCAAAGCAUCCGCCUCAACGUGCCUAAGAAAACUAAGCUUUAUGUGGACCAAACCAUGAGAGAAAGGGAGAAUGCUGUGGCCAUGCACAGGGCCUUCCAAAUGGACCUAAGUAGGAUGCGGCUAGCUGCAGCUAGGGCCUAUGUCAAAGCCUUAGAGUCCAGUCUCACUCCUAUGUCAGCAAGCUUAACAGAACCUCUCAAGAUGAAUGCAGUGGUUCAAGGCUUAGGCCCAUCCUUCAAACUAACUCUGAACAUCCAGAACACAGCAGCCUGCCGCCCUGUAAUGAAUCUAGCCAUCAGUUUCUUGUAUGAUGAAAAUUUAUACAGCAUGAGGACAGCGUUCUUUAAGAUCCCCCUACUUGUUCCAGGGCUGAACUAUCCCAUCGACACAUUUGUGGAGUGCCUGAGUGAUAAAGGCAUCUCUGACAUCAUCAAAGUGUUUGUACUGAGAGAAGGGAAGAGUGCUCCCCUCCUCACUGCACACAUUAACAUGCCUGUGAGUGAGGGGCUGGCGCUUAACUGAGACAUAGACCAGAUGGCCUGGACAUGGACGUUACUUGAUGAGACAGCCAUUCUCUCUGUGUCCACAGCAGCCUGUAGGGGCAGAGCUCAGCUGCAGUGCAACCCCAGAAAGAAGAGCCAUUGACUGCAGGUGAACAGAGAAGCUUGUGCUGUCCUUAGCAGCUAUUGAAGCCAUUCGUAGCAUAGGUCAAGAAGAAAGAGCUCUGGUCUCCGGGUUUUGGCAUAUUAAACUUGGAAUACCUGAUUGCUACAAGUAUCAUGCAUUUUUGUUGUAAAAAACCAUGUAGAUUGAUGGAUGACCAUGUAGAGAUGUAUGUAAGUGUUUUUUGUUAUGUAAAUAGUGUUGUAGUUAAGUGUCUAUAUUUAUAUUUGUAUAUUAAAUAUUAUUAAUUGUCCAUAA